AAGACCGAGCAGAGCAGCUAGCCAGAACAGUUUUUGAGACAAAGAAUAGAGAAAGAUAAAGACAGCAAGCUAGCUGCAGUUAUUAUGCUUAAUACUUACUAGCUAAAACAACUGUAUCAGACAGACUGAGAAGUGAAGCCAUGUUUAGGAAUAAGUCAGCCUGGUUUUCGAGCAGUGUGCCACAGACAUAUCACAAUUUUUGGACAUUGCAGAGUGGGAGCCUUGCUGAUUGGAGAUCAGCAGAUUAUCUUUUCAGUGAGGAUGCUACAUGUCCUGAUACACUGAGGAUCUUUGAGAGCAAAGACUACCUCAGGAACAAAGUGGUGGUUUUUCACAGCUUGUUUCUAUCUGCCUGUGAGAAGCGCCAGAGCGUGAAGUCUGUGUGCAUAGGUCAUUAUGUGCUGCCUCCAGCCUCAGUGCAGGAUGAAGUGAGAAACGUGGUUGGGAGGUUGAUUUGGGAGUGUGAAGAUAAACAGUUAGCAGCACAGGGUUCUCAUAGGAGUUUUAGUUGCCAGACAGAAGAUGAGUACAGUGAAGGAGAAGUCAGCAGAAGCAAUUAUGAACCAUCUGAGACAGAUUCAUCAGAAAGUGAAACCCCAGUAUGUGGUAAUCUGUGGGAUGAUCCAGUUAGUAACAUGCUUACAGGGUAUGUCAGUAUGGACAACCUGCAGAAAUAUUCAGGUGAUCUGCGUGAUUUUCAUCCCGGGUGUUUCCGAUGCUCCAACUGUAAAGCCCACUGCUGCUUGCCACACACAUGAGCAAGCAUACAUUAAGACAAAAACAUGCUGAAAAGUAGUAUCAGAUCACAUGUGCUAUUAACAGUUGCAAGCUGAAUAUACCAGCAAACAUGUUAAGAUGUUUUUUUUAUUAUGUUUGUUUGCCUACCUGUAGUUAUGUAUAUAGUUUACACGCACACGCUUAAUGAGUGGAGCAUUUCUAAUGCUAAUCUCAUUAGGUCAUGUCAUGUUGAACAAUAAAAGGAAUCAUCUCUGAAAAA